UUUUUUAAAGAUUUAUUUAUUUUAUGAGUACACUGUAGCUGUCAGACACACCAGAAGAGGACAUCGGAUCCCAGAUGGUUGUGAGCCCCCACGUGGUUGCUGGGAAUGGAAUUCAGGACCUCUGGAAGAGCAGCCAGUGCUCUUAACCGCUGAGCCAUCUCUCCAGCCCUAACCUUGAACUUUAAAUGAUAGAACUCUUUUUGAACAUUUCAGGAAGUACAGUCUUCUGGCUGUUGAUUGAUGGGAGGGUGUGGCGGCACCCACUUAGACUCGGUUCCUCUUUAUCUUUCUCCUCAAUUCCUGGAGCUCGCUCCAGCCUUGCUAACUCUCUCCAGGUCUGGAUGGCACAGGCGAGCUCUGGUUCUGAGCAGUUGUUCCACUGUUUCAGAGAAAGUAUGCUGCGGUCUCCAGGGGAUGUUGCUGAGCUCGGAGUUCCUUAGCUCCAUAGUUCUCUCUCUAGGAGACCUCAGUGUUGCAGGGUUCCAACAGUGGGGGCGGGGCUGCCUACUGGCCUCUAGACAAGAGAGCGGUUCACCGGGCCCUUCCCCCGCGUGGCUGUUUCACUCGUGCCCAUUCUUUGCUCACUCGUUCCAGUGCCACGUCAUAGGCGACAUACCCCACAGUGUGUGCCUUGUCGUGGGCUCCUUCGAUGCUAGGGAAGCGUCUCUGAACCAUUGACUCCAUUUGAAGUCGCCAAUUGUGCAGAGCAGUCCGUAUGGGUGGAUACCUGGGCCGGGCUUGCCCUCCACCCCUGUCUGUGUCCGCUAGGGACCCGCAGAAGAAUCCCUUAGCACCCGAUCACUGUAUUUCCCGGUCUCCCCGCGUUAAUUCCAUGGAUGGGUGUCUGAACACGGCUGAUAGUUUGCCUUUUGAAGAUGGUGCAGCUUUAGCCCAUCCUCAGCAGCACCCUGAGCGCAUUGUGGUUGCCCAGGCACAGAACUAUCCAGUGGAGAAGUUUUCCUCUGAAUUCUUAGGUAACCAGCACAACUCAGUGCCGACACUUUCUAGUCCCAGGAUGUCCCAAAACUCAAUAAUCCUGAAUGUGUUCUCUGGUAAGGGCAGAGACACACUCCGUUUUGUUCUGGUGCAGCCCGUCCUGAUUAUAUGGUCGUUUCUUACUAGCCACCUCUUGACUCAAUCUAGGAAGGAGACACAGAUUAAUGCUCUCCAAGAGAGCAGCCAAGUUCAAAUCAAGAAAAAGAAAGAUCUCACUAUCUUGGGAGAAGGUGAAGAAGGAUUUACCAAUCAGGGGGAAGGCUCCCCAGUCACUGAAAGACCUUGUGAUCAGGGAAAGGAUUCUGAUCGCAGCGUGAGUGCCUCGUCAGCCUUUACACGUCUAUUUGUCAAUGGUGUGCUCUCUUCUUUUAUACCCAAGCCAGGUCCUCUGGAUAGAGAUAUCUGUUCCAAGAACUCAGUAAAGAGCGGUACUAAGGAAUACCAGAUCGCCUUCAAGAGCUCAUGCAAACGAAAUGCCAUUGCCAGCUCCUACAGUUCCUCUCAGGAACAGUGGCCACCAGAGAGAAUUUGUGUACAUGCUACCCGAAGGGCUGGGCCUGGUGCUCCUUCAGCAGCCCCAGGGGCUUCUAAAGGCGCAGCUGCACAUGAUAGUCGAGGUGCUGUCCCAGGUGUUGCUCCAGGCGCUAUGUCAGGUGCUGCUGCACGUGCAGCCACAGGUGCUGCCCCAGGAGCUGCUUCUAGUGAUGCUUCAGGGGUUGACACAGGUGAUGCUUCAGGUGUUGCACGUGCUACCACAGAUGCUGCCCCAGGAACUGCUUCUGCAUGUGAUACCCAAGGUGCUGUUCCUGGUGCUGCUUCAGGCACUUCUGCAGGCAUUACUCUAGGUGCUGCUUUUGGUGUUGCUGCGCGUGCUGCCCCAGGAGCGGCUGCAAGUGUUACCCCAAGGACUUCUGUACGUGCUGCUCCAGGUGCUGUUGCAAGUGUUACCUUAGGGGUUGCUGCAUGGGCCGCCAUAGGCACUGCUGCAAGUGUUGCCCCAGAUGCUGCUGCAGGUACCGAUUCACGUGCUACCCGAGGCGCUUUGAGGGGCGCUGCUGCACGUGCUACACGAGGCGCUUUGAGGGGUGCUGCUGCACGUGCUAUCCGAGGCGCUUUGAGGGGCGCUGCUGCACGUGCUACCCAAAGUUCUUUGAAAGGCGCUGCUUCACGCGCUUCCCGAGGUGCUUUGAGAGCCGCUGCUGCACGUGCUAUCCGAGGCGCCUCAAGAGGCGCUGCUGCACGAGCCAUCCGAGGUGCUUUAAAAGGCACUGCCGCACGCGCUACCCAAAGUUCUUCGAAAGGCGCUGCCGCACGUGCGACCCGAGGUGUUUCCAGGGGCUCUGCUGCACGUACUACCCGAGGCGCUUUGAAAGGUGCUGCUGCACGUGCGACCCGAGGUGCUUUGAGAGCCGCUGCAGCACGUGCUACCCGAGGUGCUGCCAAAGGUGCUGCUUCGUAUGCUGUGUCACUCCCAGAUUGGGCUUUGUCCCAGUUGCAGGUGCUUGCCAAGAAAUGCAGGGAAAAAAGCUGUGAACGUAGCUCUACCAGUAGUCCGAAAAAAAAGAAAAAGAAACAUAGGGAAGCUGAGCAGGCAACUAUCACAGAUACCCAAGUUCAGCAAGAAGACCCAAGGAAUGGCCUCCCCACACCUGAUAUCCCAAGGCCCGUGAGACGCAAGAUCCCUCUGUUGCUGCCCCAUAGUCGAGGUGUUCCACUGAUUCUGCCCCAAUCUGGAGAACUAUGUUUUGAUAUCACUGUAGACGACUUUGACCUAGAGAAGAAAACUACUGUGCAGUGGAUCAACAAGACCUUGAAGGAUGAUGGUGUCAAGGCCUGGCAUAAUUAAAUGACCUGCGGAUAGACACAUGGCACUGAGCACUUAAUGCUGAUCUUCAAUCCCAAGCAUCCAGUUUUUUGUACUCUAUAAAUGCAAUAUAAUAUCACAUUCUAUGUUAGAGCCAUUUUGAUACUUAAAUAAGAUUGUUACCAAGUA